AUGAAUAUUUUAUUUCGUAGAAAUUCAACGAAUAAUCAAUCAAAUUCGAACAAAGAUGAUUCAUUUGUCCUUCAAUCGAAUAAAGAAGUAAAAGACAAUGAUCAUAAAAAUGAUGACGACGACGACGAUAUUCUUAUUGUAACAUCUACAACAAAGGAUAAUAAGCCAACAAAAACUAAUCCAACUUUAUUGACACAAACUGUUCAACAUUUAUUUGGAAAAACGUCUUCUCCUCCAUCAACGAACCAAAUCAAUGACAUUGAUGAAAAAAAUAUUCUUGAACAACCUAAUACGGAUGAUUCAUUGAUUGAUUUAAAUUAA